UCCAAAAUUUCAAUCCUCUCUCCAGUCUUCUUCUUGAGAAAGUCACUUGGAGAAGAUUUCCCCUUAAAUCUUUCCCAAAUCACCCAGACAACCCCCCUAUCUAAGGGUUUGGCUUGAUUGUGAGCCUCUUUCCUUUUUCUUUUGAACGUUGUUUUAGAAGAAAGGCUUGAGCUUUAGCAUGAUCAUGAAGAACCCACAGUCAACCUUGCCACCAGGAUUUAGGUUCCACCCAACUGAUGAGGAACUCAUCCUCCAUUACCUCAGAAGGAAGGUCACAUCUUCACCUCUCCCUGUUUCCAUCAUAGCAGAGGUGGAUAUCUACAAGCUUAACCCUUGGGACUUACCAGCUAAAGCAGCUUUUGGUGAGAAAGAAUGGUACUUCUUCAGCCCUAGGGAUAGGAAGUACCCAAAUGGAGCAAGGCCCAAUAGAGCAGCUGCUUCAGGGUACUGGAAGGCCACUGGCACAGACAAAGUGAUUGUGGCUUCUUCUGCAGCAUCUGCACAUCAGUACCAUGAGAAACUCGGCGUGAAGAAGGCGCUGGUCUUCUACAAGGGAAAGCCUCCCAAGGGAGUCAAGACGAAUUGGAUCAUGCACGAGUACCGCCUCGCCGAGUCGCCCGCUUAUAACAGUCGCCCCAAUACCAACCCCUUGAAGCUUAAAGACUCUUCCAUGAGGUUGGACGAUUGGGUUCUGUGUCGGAUUUACAAGAAGACCAACGUGUCACCUCCCGCUACAGCUUCAGUGGCCACACCUGAUCAAGAUCAAGAAGAAGAAGAAGAAGGCCUCAGUAGUUUUCACCAAAACGAAACGUUGAAACCGUUAACAGAUAUCCCCGUUAAUAAUGGUCAAAACAAUGGUGGCCUCAUGCCUCAGAAGUCCUCUUCAUUCUCCAAUUUAUUGGAUGCCUUGGACUACUCCAUGCUCAGUAGCUUUCUAUCUGACAGCAACCCCCAACUGGUCAACAUACCCGGGUUUGACCAAUCAACCUCAUUGAUUCCAAAUAACAAUAAUUAUGUGGAGAUGAAUGAUCAGCACAUGUUCAUCAAUGGGACUUGUAAUAAUGGAAGCAACGGUUGCUUUGCCCAGAAGCUGCCCCAGCUCAGCUCUUCGUCAUCGGCUCCAUUCAUGGAGGAGAACAGGCUCAAGCGUCACCGUCCGAUUGCGACGGCAGAUGCCGACACGGCGGCGUAUCAGCCGAAGAGGCUCCUCGGUCACUGCAGCUUCACCAACACCACAAGCCAAGUGGCCGACUUCCCGCAGUAUAACUUGAUCAAUAGCUACCCAUUCUUGAAUCAGCAGUUGCUGCUAGGUCCAAAUAACUACAGUCAUUUUCACGGAUAAACGGAUGGCGCAAAGGCGGAUUAAAAAAAGGAAGAGAUGAUUAUUUAUGUUCGAGCCAGACACGAGUGAAGUAGGGAUUUUAGGGAAGUAAUAUAUGGAUGUGCAUGCAUGAUUCUUCUCUCCCUUGACAACGAGGGAAAUUGGAAAUGUAAUCCACAA